CCGUCUUGGCACGAGGUAAUAAAUUUAUUGAGGGAAAAACCGACGCAGCGUGCUGGUCAGGUCGGCACGAAAGACCCUGAGACCCUUGAGUGUGCCUUCGGUGGAGCACGCCUUCCGGGACGAAUCACGUACGGGUCCCAAGGGAAAAUGAGAGCUAGCGCCCUGUUCUGCACAGAAGCAGCCGGGCUAUCGCCAUCGGUCUCCACCCUGUCUAGCGUCGAUGUCCAGCAGCUUUCAAUUUCUGCGUCCUGGUCGCCUUUCCUUUUUUUCUUUCUUUUAGUCCUCUCUUUAUUUCUAAUAGAAUUGGAGCCAGGCGGGGCCUGGACAAUGACGUCUCCGGCUUACUCGAGCCGCCCGCCUUUGACCAUAGCGCGUGGUCAGCUUCAAAGCGCAGCAUUAAAAGCCCGUUGGUGGGAGACACUGUCGAUGUGGGGACCCCGGGAUUGAUGACGCUAUGGAUGGUGUCGUUGUGUAGUGUGGUUGGGAGGAGUGACAAGAGUCGGAUUCAAU